AUGCUUCAGUGGAGGAGACGUCAUUGCUGUCUUGGCAAAAUGACCUGGAAUAGUAAAAGGUCACUUUUUCGCACCCAUCUCACGGGGCUUUUAUCACUGGUGUUUCUGUUCGCCACAUUGCUUUUCUGUAACCAUCACAAUUCAUUCACUGGCAGAGUUGGACUAAAAGAAAAUCCGGUCACGCAUUCGAUUCGUGGAUUCAAAGCAACCAAAACUGAAACCAACAGCUCACUACGGAAUAUCUGGAAGGAUGCCAUUCCACAAACAUGGAAGCCUCAUACUACCUUUAACCUGAGUAACACAGAGUCACAACAACAAGGUGUUACUGGUCUGGAGAAUACUUUAAGCACCAAUGGGAGUGUUUACAGUGAAAAGGGCUGGGGUCAACAAAAAGUGUACCAUUACAAAUAUAUCAUUAAUGAGCCAGAGAAAUGUCAGGAGAAAAAGCCUUUCUUAAUACUUCUCAUAGCUGCAGAACCAAGACAAAUUGAAGCUCGACAGGCUAUUAGGCAGACAUGGGGAAAUGAAAGUCUUGCACCAGGAAUCCAGAUUGUAAGGCUGUUUCUUCUGGGUUUACACACCAAGUUAAAUGGGUUAAUUGAACAGGCCAUAGUGGAUGAAAGUAGGCAGUAUCAUGAUAUCAUCCAGCAGGAAUACUUAGACACAUAUUACAAUCUCACCAUUAAAACACUUAUGGGUAUGAACUGGGUAGCAACAUACUGCCCCCAUGUCCCAUACGUCAUGAAGACAGACAGUGACAUGUUUGUUAAUACAGAAUACUUGAUAAACAAACUGCUGAAGCCAGACCAACCACCAAGAACCAACUAUUUUACAGGGUAUUUAAUGAGAGGCUACGCACCCAACCGUAACAAAGACAGCAAGUGGUACAUGUCACCAGACUUGUAUCCAAGUGAGCGUUAUCCUGUGUUUUGUUCUGGAACUGGUUAUGUUUUCUCUGGAGAUCUAGCAGAAAAAAUAUUUAAGGUCUCCUUAAGUAUUAGACGAUUACAUUUAGAGGAUGUGUAUGUUGGUAUCUGUCUAGCCAAGCUGCGUAUUGACCCUAUACCCCCACCAAAUGAAUUUGUAUUCAACCACUGGAGAGUUUCAUAUUCUAGCUGUAAAUAUAGCCACCUAAUUACCUCUCAUCAGUUCCAGCCUGGUGAAUUGAUCAAAUACUGGAAUCAUUUACAACAGAAUAAGCACAAUGCCUGUGCCAACGCAGCCAAGGAAAAAGCCAGUAGGUAUCGGCACCGUAAAAUGCACUAA